AUGUGCAAGCUCUGCAGAGACGGAAAAUCGCUCAAUUGGAGGAGAAGCUGGAGGCCCUGGAGUCGGGCCGCGCAGUCAAGCAAAGGUGUGGCUGCUAUCGCACGCAGUAUUCAGUUGCAUUGCUCACCAUCUGUUAGGCAAACAAUCUGGUAUGUUGCUAAAGGAAGAGCAAUCAGGCGUGUUGUCGCCCUGUUCGAUAGUAUCGAGGACCUCGUCGCCGAAAACGACAGAAGAUAUGAGAUCGAAGACCAGGAGACUACCAUCGAACAGGAUCGACUUCAAAUAGGUUAUACUACCCUAACCAAAACGCUGCCGUGGUUCUACAAGAAGGGUUCAGAGAUGGAGUACGAGGAGUACAUGCACAUGUUAAAGAUGCUUCGACAGGGGGCUGAUGGCGCUCGAGGAGAUGACACUUCGAAACUGAAGACUCUCGUUUCGGAAUGGAUCAACCGUGAAUUUAAGCCGGAUUUUCCUGUUGACCAAGACGAUAAGCAUUCCCGUGGAUUCACCCAUGAUGUGUGUGGCAGGUUGCUCUGUCCGGCAGAGCUUGACUGGAAUAACCCAGAAGUAAGGGCAGGCAUCCGAAAUCGCUCAGAUGGGUAUAUCGUCACAGAUCUAUCCUUUCCCACUUACUUGUAUGAUAAGUACACUUCCAAUCCGGACGAUCUUGAGGAGGGCCUUUUCAAGGGCAAGAUUCUCAUUCAGGCCUACAAGGCUGUGUUCACGUCUCCUUCCUCAGCAAAAGACGUCGAAGGCGACGGCGACGGCGCGGAUGUCAUCAGCAACAACCGACGGGCUAAGAAGUCUUUAUCUGGAAUCAAGGUCAAAAAACAUGUGCAAUUCGCACUUUCUUCAGUUACCUCCUGGCGGUCCAUGGAUGGCGACUUCGACUACCAACAAUUCUGGCGGACCAUCGUUGACUUUUUCGAAAGGGCCCCUGGUCGAGAAGCGCAGUGCAGGGUACAGCAACUUCUCGAAUGGUGGACUAGAAAAGUUUUUGGGAGGAAUCGCCGAGGCGAACUUAGCGACGCAAUGAAGGCCAAUAUGUCUGUCAACGCUCUUGUAAGGCAGAGAGCACAACGUGAUGACGCCGCGUUUGAUUCACCCUAG